AUGAACCUCAGCCACGAUGCCCAGGCAGAGAAGGCCCGGCUGGGGUCUGGAGCCCCACGGACCCUCAGUUCGGGGCGGGGUGCUCCCGACCCAGAGGACCCAAGGACCGGCCUCCCCAAGGGAGUCGGUCACCCAGGAGGAGUUCCUGAGCCCCGGUCGGGCCUUUGGAAGUCAGUGACCCAAACAAGCUGGACCACGCGGGGGCCCCCGAGCCGAGCUUUCCGCGUGAGCGCCAAGCGCCAGCCCACCGCGCGGCAGACGUGGCUGAGACCCCCUGCGCGGGGUCAGGCUCUGACCACAAGCCCUGCCUUUCGCUCCCUUCGGCAUAAAGCGGGUGCCCGGUGCUCGGAACCCGCAGCGGUGCAGACGCACUGCUCACGACCCCUGCGCCGCCCGGGCGCUGAUGCCGGGACUGCUCCGCCGACGGACGUCCCUUCCUGCUCUCCUCCGCCGGGCUUAACUUCCGUCUCCGUCUCCGGCUUCCCAGUCUGGGGCGGUCCCAGCCAUCGCUCCACGGAGAGCUCGCCCCGCCGCGGACUCCGCUGUCCCCGACCGAACGCCCCGCGCUGCCGCCUCAGGGCCUCUGGGCGGCGAUCGCGGCUGGGCCUUUGCUGA